AUGGAAAAUUAUAAUCAAACAUCAACUGAUUUCAUCUUAUUGGGGUUGAUACCCCCUUCAGGAAUUGGCCCGUUUCUUUUUGUUCUCAUUGUUCUCAUUUUCCUAAUGGCUUUAUUUGGCAACCUCUCCAUGAUCAUUCUCAUAUUUCUGGACAAUCAUCUCCAUACACCAAUGUAUUUUCUACUCAGUCAGCUCUCCCUCAUGGACUUGAAUUACAUCUCCACCAUUGUCCCCAAAAUGGCCUACAAUUUUCUGUUUGGAAACAAAUCUAUCUCCUUCAUUGGAUGUGGAGUUCAAAGCUUCUUCUUCUUGACUCUAGCAGGUGCAGAAGGAUUGCUCUUGGCCUCUAUGGCUUAUGAUCGUUAUGUGGCCAUUUGCUUUCCUCUUCACUAUUCUAUCAGAAUCAGUAGAAGAGUGUGUGUGUUGAUGGUAAUAGGAUCUUGGAUAAUUGGCUCUGUCAAUUCCUGUGCCCACACCACAUAUGCUCUCCAUAUUCCUUAUUGUCGAUCCAGAGCAAUCAAUCAUUUCUUCUGUGAUGUCCCAGCUAUGUUGACUCUGGCCUGCAUGGACACUUGGUUCUAUGAAUACACAGUGUUUGUGAGCACCUCCCUUUUUCUUUUGUUGCCUUUCAUUGCUAUUGCAUGUUCCUAUGGUCGUGUUCUUCUUGCUGUCUAUUGCAUGAACUCAGCAGAAGGGAAGAAGAAAGCCUAUUCAACCUGCAGCACCCACCUCACCGUGGUGACUUUCUACUAUGCUCCCUUUGUUUAUACUUAUCUGCGCCCAAGAUUUCUUCGUACUCCAACAGAAGACAAGGCUCUGGCUGUGUUCUACACUAUUCUGACCCCAAUGCUCAAUCCUCUUAUCUAUAGUCUGAGAAACAAGGAAGUGAUGGGGGCCUUGAGAAGAGUAAUUGAGAAAAUCUGUUCUGUGAAAAUGUAG